GUAAGGAACAUGAAAAACAAGGAUGAACGCAUGAAAAUAAUGAGUGAAAUCCUCAAUGGAAUCAAGAUCCUGAAGCUUUUUGCCUGGGAGCCGUCAUUUGAGAAGCGAGUCAAUGAGAUCCGGGCAUGCGAGCUGAAGGACUUGCUGAACUUCAGUUACCUGCAGUCAAUCUCUACCUUUGUGUUCACGUGUGCCCCCUUCCUGGUCUCCUUGGCCAGCUUUGCUGUCUAUGUGCUGGUGGAUGAGAACAACAUCCUGGAUGCACAGAAGGCCUUUACUGCCAUCUCCCUUUUCAACGUGCUGCGCUUCCCCAUGGCCAUGCUGCCCUUGGUCCUUUCUUCCCUGGUGCAGACCAAUGUGUCGACUGCAAGGCUGGAGCGCUACCUGGGGGGAGAAGACCUGGACACCUCAGCUAUCCACCACAACCCCAUUGCAGGCAGUGCUGUGCGUUUCUCGGAUGCCACCUUUGCCUGGGAGCAGGACGGCAAUGCUGCGAUAAGAGAUGUCACCCUGGACAUCACACCUGGGAGCCUGGUGGCUGUAGUGGGAGCUGUGGGCUCAGGCAAAUCUUCACUGGUGUCCGCCAUGCUCGGGGAGAUGGAGAAUAUCAAGGGACACAUCAACAUCCAGGGCUCCAUGGCCUAUGUCCCCCAGCAGGCCUGGAUCCAGAAUGCCACACUGAAAGACAACAUCCUUUUUGGGUCGGAACUGGAUGAAGCCAGGUAUCAGCAGGUCAUCAAGGCCUGUGCCCUGCUUCCCGACCUGGAACUGCUGCCUGCAGGUGACCAGACAGAGAUUGGAGAGAAGGGCAUUAACCUGAGCGGGGGUCAGAAGCAGCGAGUCAGCCUGGCCCGGGCAGUGUACAAUGACGCAGACAUCUAUGUCCUGGACGACCCCUUGUCUGCUGUGGAUGCUCACGUUGGCAAGUACCUCUUCGAGCAUGUGCUAGGGCCAAAAGGACUGCUGCAAAAGAAGACACGGAUCUUGGUGACACACAGUAUCAGUUUCCUGCCCCAGGUCGAUAACAUCGUAGUGCUGGUGGCGGGAGCAGUGUCUGAGCACGGCUCCUACAGCACCCUGCUUGCAAACAGGGGGGCCUUUGCUCAGUUCCUGAACUUGUACGGCAGACAGGAGGAGGAUGCUGUGGAGGAAGAUAGCACAGAGCAGGGUGAUGAAGAUGUUGAUCCUUGUGUGGAGGAGGGCCUGGAUGAUGUGGUGAGCAUGACCCUGAAGCGAGAGGCCAGCAUCUGUCAGAGAGAGUUCAUUCGCAGCCUUAGUAAAAGCAGCACCAGUUCCCGGAAGAAGACCCAGGAGGAGCCCCCCAAGAAGCUGAAAGGUCAGAAACUGAUCGAGAAAGAAGCUGUGGAAACUGGCAAGGUGAAGUUCUCCAUGUACCUGCGGUACCUGCGUGCUGUUGGCUUGUGGUAUUCUUUCUGGGUUGCUAUGAGCUAUGUUGGCCAGUACGUUGCCUAUGUGGGGACCAACCUGUGGCUUAGCGCCUGGACUGAUGACGCAGAGCACUACUUGAACCAGACCUAUCCCGUGGAGCAGCGAGACCUGCGGAUCGGUGUCUUUGGGGCACUGGGGGUGUCACAAGCUCUCUUCCUGCUCCUUGCAACCAUCCUGUCUGCUCGUGGUGCCAAGCGAGCCUCCCGGGUGAUGCAUCAGCAACUGCUCAGCAACAUCCUGCGCGUGCCCAUGAGCUUUUUUGACACGACCCCGACUGGGCGCAUUGUGAAUAGGUUUGCCAAGGACAUCUUCACGAUAGAUGAGACUAUUCCCAUGUCCUUCCGCAGCUGGCUGUCCUGUUUCAUGGGCAUCAUUAGCACAUUGCUCAUGAUCUCCCUGGCCACCCCCUUCUUUGUUGUCAUUAUCAUUCCCUUGAGCAUCUUCUACUACUUUGUGCUGCGCUUCUAUGUCUCCACGUCGCGUCAGCUACGGCGUCUGGACUCUGUCACUAGGUCUCCCAUCUACUCCCACUUUGGUGAGACAGUGUCAGGCCUUUCUGUGAUCCGGGCCUAUGGACACCAACAGCGGUUCCUGCAGCAAAAUGAGAGCACCAUGGACAUCAAUCAGAAAAGUGUUUACUCCUGGAUAGUCUCGAAUAGGUGGCUGGCCAUCCGUCUGGAGUUUGUUGGGAGCCUGGUGGUCUUCUUCUCUGCACUUCUGGCAGUGAUCUCAAAGGACACCUUGGAGGGCGGCAUCGUGGGUCUUUCUAUCUCUUCCGCCCUCAAUGUGACCCAAACACUGAACUGGCUGGUGCGGACAUCUUCAGAGCUGGAGACGAACAUUGUGGCUGUGGAGCGGGUACACGAGUACACGAAAGUGAAAAACGAGGCUCCGUGGAAGACAGAAAAGCGUCCACCCCAUGGCUGGCCCAGCAAAGGCGAGAUCCGGUUUAUUGACUACAAAGUUCGUUACAGACCUGAACUGGAGCUGGUUCUUCAGGGGAUCACCUGCGAUAUUAGGAGCAUGGAGAAGGUUGGGGUUGUGGGCCGGACUGGGGCUGGAAAAUCCUCCCUCACGAACUGCCUCUUCCGGGUGCUGGAGGCUGCUGGAGGGUCGAUCAUCAUUGAUGAGGUGGAUAUAGCAACAAUUGGCCUCCAUGACCUGCGCCAGAACCUCACUAUCAUCCCCCAGGACCCUGUGCUCUUCACUGGCACGCUGCGGAUGAACCUGGACCCCUUUGACCAGUACACAGAUGAGGAGGUCUGGAAGGCCCUUGAGCUGGCCCACCUGAAGUCAUACGUGCAAGACCUUCCUGAGGGGCUGCUGCAUCUUGUGAGCGAGGGAGGGGAGAACCUGAGUGUUGGGCAGAGGCAGCUGGUGUGCCUGGCCCGGGCCCUUCUCCGCAAAGCCAAGAUCCUCAUCCUGGAUGAAGCAACAGCAGCCGUAGAUCUGGAAACUGAUCAUUUAAUCCAGACAACGAUCCGGAGUGAGUUUGCUGACUGCACUGUCCUCACCAUUGCCCACCGCCUCCACACCAUCAUGGACAGCAACAGGGUGAUGGUGCUGCAGGCCGGGAGGAUUGUGGAAUACGACAGCCCUGAGGAGCUGCUGAAGAAGCAGGGCAUCUUCUCUGCAAUGGCAAAGGAUGCCGGCAUCACAAAUGCAGAAAGCACCAUGCUGUAGGUGGAGCGGAGCAGCGUGUGGGUGUGUGCACAGACAGGCAGCUCCCUCUCGCUGGCACUCAACAAGCAGGCACCGGCAUCUUCCUGCAGCCAGCUUGCC